AUGUCCAAGCCAUAUGAUCCACCAGAAUACGUUUAUACUCCCAAUUCACCGUCCACCCAACCGGUCAACUUCAAUGACGAGCCUUCGGGCUCAAAUCUAUACCAUGUCUCCAAACAUUCAUUAGGAGCAAGCACGGAGUUAUCUUAUCCACAGUCGAAAUUCAACUCUGGUGUCAGCAUUGAACAAGAUGAUCCUUUUGUGAGUGGAGAUGGGUACAAAGGAGGGCUGAAUGAAAGGGGAGAAACGAGGGCCCAAGCACUUGCAUCCGAAUAUCGCUCAUCUCCUGUUAAUCUAAGUCCACGUGCACGCGACGGUGCCUUGUCUUCUUCCUCUAGUCAAACCUUCAGCUCUUCUGAACAAUCGAAAGACCUACUGGCUAAACGCAAGAGCGUCGCAUCUUCCAACCUAGACGCCAUGACAUAUGUCGACGAAAACUACAACAUAUAUCGCUCUCCCCAGAUGAAAAAUGGCGACCAAUUCAAUGAUAAUGCAUCCUUGGUCGAUCAUGCUGCUGCUCCUGCAGGCACUAGCCGCCGUAUGGCUGAUUUGGAAUACGCCGAAGCAGUAACCCCUUCCCCCGAUCAUCCCGAUAAUGCAAAGAAAUCUGUCAUGGCUCGUCUCCUGGGAAAUGAUGGUGCGCGUAAUCCGAUCGAGCAGCGUAUUCAGGCCAAACGAGCCGGAUCACCUAUAUCGCUCAAGCCAUACAUCAAUCCAAUGUUGGGUCCGUCUUCUUCCGGCCUGGUCAACCUUGGUGGCCGAUUUGUUCCUUGCAUGAAGCUCGUCAGCGAAAUUCCACCCAGUUUCAAUCUCGGAUGCUUUAACAAUACGGCAAACCCCGCAACCGAACUGUGCAGCGUUGAAACACUCUGCGGUUUCGGAGAAUUCAAAGGUGGCGAUCCUAACCAAUGGUUCAGAUUCAUAACCCCCAUAUUCUUGCAUGCCGGCAUCAUCCACUUUGCCCUGAACAUGUUUGCUCAGCUGACUCUUUCAGCCCAAGUGGAGCGUGAGAUGGGUUCUGGGGCCUUCCUCAUUUUGUAUGCGAGCGCGGGCAUCUUUGGCAACGUAUUGGGUGGCAACUUUGCCCUGGUGGGCGUGCCGAGCGUUGGUGCGUCGGGUGCCAUCUUCGGCACCGUCGCCGUCAUGUGGGUUGACUUGCUGGCGCAUUGGAAAAUAGAGUAUCGACCUGGCCGAAAGUUGGCGAUGCUAUGCGUUGACCUGAUUAUCGGUGUCGAUAAUUUCGCCCAUCUCGGCGGGUUCCUAAUGGGGCUCCUUACGGCUAUCGUUCUCUACCCCGUGAUUUCGACGACCAAGAGACACAAGGCCAUCAUGUGGAUAUGUCGCCUAGCAAUGAUUCCCGUUGCUGUGGUGCUAUUUGUCGUUCUUAUUCGUAAUUUCUACACAAGCGACCCGUACGCAGCCUGCCAGUGGUGCCGUUACUUGUCAUGCAUCCCAGCCAGUUGGAAUAACCGAUGCCAAGGCCAGAUUCCACAUAGACAUAGUACACUGACUGCGCAGCACAGUCAAACACACGGCACACCUCGUCUGGCCAAGUUUUAUACCCCUACCCCGGCCAACACGAGGGCCGUGCUCCCUCGACGGAUAUUCGAGCUCGUGUCGAGUCGACCUGCAGGGUUGUGCAACUUUCUCGACGCACCGGGUCUACUUACUGACACAGGAGCGUCUCGAACCGGCGACUUGUCCUCCGUGGGUGGAGGCGGAUGGGAAUGGGAAGGCGAGGAGAAGGAAUUGCAGCGUGCAAGGGUAGUGUAUAGGCUGUAUGCGACGCUUUAUUUCGUGUUUGUGGUCGAUGGAGCGGAGAGUGAACUCGGCGUGUUGGAUCUUAUCCAGGUAUUCGUCGAGUCGUUGGACCGCGCGUUCGAAAACGUUUGCGAGCUGGACUUGGUGUUCCAUUUCGACGAGGUGUGUAUAUUGUUAAACGGUCAUGCUACGACUGAACUUAUGGAACUCGUACAGGGCGGACUAGUGCUGGAGACCAACGUUGAUGAGAUUGCGAGGGCCGUGCUUGCGGGCGCAGUGCCACCAGCUGUGGGGAGGGGAUCGACCGAUACUGCGGUCGAUCGUAUUAAUUGUGAGACACCUGGUCGUGCUAGUGUUUUUACUUUGCUCCGUGACUCCAUGCUCGACGCCGCAGCCCGUAAGAUUCGUUUUGAGCUGAGAGGUUGGCUGCGGAUAUGCACAUGGACUAUUGUUUGGCGCUUAAUGACUGGGAGAUGUUUCCUUUUGAGUCAGGCCAAGGCCGUGGAUUGGAGGACCCGCAUGGACGAAUGGGGAUCUCGGUUUAUUACUCAUAUGAACGAAAUGCUGACGAUAGUGGGUGUCUAUGCAGUGCAAGAGCGACAAAAGGUGCAAAAGGCGUCUUAUGCGGCGGAUAACCCGUUGGCAGCGAUUGGGUCAGGAGCGGUGGGCGGGCCGCGCGGGGGAGGACUUCGGGGACUGCAGACACCGCUCGGGUGGAUCGCUAACCGCGCGUUUCCUACGGUGGGGACGCGCUUUGCCAUCCCGCCCGAUCCGGCCCAAAAGACCAACGAACUCGAUUGGCUGCUCUACUCGGGCGCCAACGCCAACACCGGCAUCGACGCUCUCCUCGCUCCCCAUCCAGACGCAUUCGAGCGUGAACUCGACGAUCUCGGCAUCGACGACAGCCUCCUCUCCUCAUUGGUUGUCCCCAACGACGACAUUGCCAAUCUCAACGCCUUCCUUGCCCAUCGUUCCCCUGUCUGUGGCCCCGUCUCUCUACAACGAGUCUCUCUCGGCCUACGGUGGCGCUGUCUCGGAGCACAGCCUCUUUGCCACUCGGACCUCGACAUUAACCUCGACGCCCUCAAUACCUUCCACAUGCCUUCGCCCCAGCGCCAAUCCCGCUCUCCCUCGGGUGAAAUCUCGGACAAUUCCUCCGCAUAUGGCCACUCGCGCUCGUCCAGCAACUCGCUCUUUGACGUGCCCACUGGCUACGAGAACAUUAGCGCCAAUGGCUACUACAUCCAGCCAUCCUCCAACUAUGCGCGCCGCAACCACUCGGGCCUCGUCCACCGCGAUGUCCCGUCCCAGCACCUCCAGGCCCGUGCCCAGGCCCACCCAUACGUCCCGGCCGACCAUGCGUACGACCAUGCGGGCUCAGGAAACGAGAGUCCCGAACAAUCCGAUCCCCGUCGCAAGUACCAGUGCCCCCAGUGCCCGCGUGCCUUUGCCCGCCAGUUCAACCUCAAGACCCACAUGGCCACCCACGAUCCCAACCGCACCAAGCCCCAUGUGUGCCACCACGCUGGGUGCGGCCGUUCCUUCUCGCGCAAGCACGACUUGGGUCGCCAUCUCGUUUCAAUCCAUCAGGAUGCCGAGCAUAAUAAUAACACUGCGGCUACCUCUCCCAAGCGUGCCGCUUCCUCGGUCGCCGUCAAGAGCGAACGCGAGUGGUGUGACCGCUGCGGCCGUGGCUGGGUCAAGUCCGAGCGCGCUCGCGACGCCUGCCAGUGCGAUGACUCUUCCUAA